AUGUCGUCGACCCAGUUCUCCCUGGCCAAGCUCCGCGCGGCCACCAACAACUUCUCUACUGAUAAUGUCAUUGGAACUGGGAGGAGCGGCCUGAUCUACAAGGCCCAUCUCUCCAAUGGACUCACCGUCGCCAUCAAGAACUACGACCCCGAUCGAUUCCAAGGCUUUCGGGAAUUCCGGGCUGAAGCCGAAGCGCUAGGCAAGCUUCGACACCCAAAUAUCGUUAAGCUUUUGAGUUAUCAAGCCUCCGGCUCAGUUAUGCUUCUUGUUUAUGAGUAUGUAGAGAGAGGUAACCUUCACGAACGUCUUCGUGAAAGUUGCUCUUUUUCAUGGUUUGACAAGUUUAAGAUUCUUAGAGGUGUAGCCAAUGGUCUCGCUUAUUUGCAUGGGUUGGAAAACCCUGUCAUUCAUAGAGAUAUUGCGUCUAGAAAUGUGCUGGUGGACUCAGACUAUGAGCCUCGUAUUAUUAAUUUUGGGCUUUCUAGGACUAUUGACAAGUGUCAUUCGCUUUCUCAUGUGUCAACGGCAGUUGCUGGGUCCGUACCGUACAUGGCGCCGGAGUACAGGAGUGGAAGCACCAAAGCCACGGUGAAAGGCGAUGUGUAUAGUUUUGGCAUUUUGAUGAUGGAGACUGUAUUAGGACCCACAAGGUGUAGUAGAUAUUUCAAAGUUUCAGCUCAAAACAGAGAUUUUGAUCUUGUAGAAUGGGUUAGGGGUAUAGAGUUGGACAAGAUCAUAAGCGACUUUUCUGGCUAUUCUGGCUAUUUCGUCGAUGCUCUAUGGCCCGAGUAUAUUCGGAUCGCCUUAUUGUGUGCUAAUGAUAAUCCAGAAGACAGGCCUGUGAUGAACGAGGUUGUUCAAAUGCUAAAUCAAAUUCUACCUCAUACCCCUGCUUCCUCCCGGAGCACCGGUUAA